AGCAAGCAAGCCAACAUGGACCGCGACUCGUACCAGCACUAUUUCUACGACUAUGACGGCGGGGAGGAUUUCUACCGCUCCACGACGCCCAGCGAGGACAUCUGGAAGAAAUUCGAGUUGGUGCCGCCGCCCUGGGACUUGGGUCCCGCAGCCGGGAACCCAGCUCUCGGCUUUGGUCUCCUGGAACCGUGGCCGGUAGGGUGCGCUGGGGACGAGACGGAAUCCCAGGACUACUGGAAAGCUUGGGACGCGAACUACGCCUCCCUCAUCCGCCGUGACUGCAUGUGGAGCGGCUUCUCCACCCAGGAGCCGCUGGAGAGAGCGGUGAGUGACCUGCUUGCCGUUGGCGCGCCCUCGGGAUACUCGCCCAAGGAGUUCGCCACCCCCGACUACACUCCCGAGCUCGAAGCCGGCAACCUAGCGCCCAUCUUCCCGUGUUUGUUGGGCGAGCCCAAGAUCCAGGCCUGCUCCAGGUCUGAGAGCCCAAGCGACUCCGAGGGUGAAGAAAUCGACGUGACAGUAAAGAAGAGGCAGUCUUUGAGUACGCGGAAGCCAGUCAUCAUCGCGGUGCGUGCAGACCUUCUGGAUCCCCGCAUGAAUCUCUUCCACAUCUCCAUCCACCAGCAACAGCACAACUAUGCUGCCCCUUUUCCUCCAGAAAGCUGCUUCCAAGAAGGGGCUCCAAAGAGGAUGCCCCCAAAAGAGGCUCUAGAGAUAGAAGCUCCAGGGGGAAAGGAUGAUAAGGAAGAUGAAGACAUUGUGAGCCUCCCACCUGCAGAAAGUGAGGCUGCCCAGUCCUGCCAGCCCAAACCCAUCCAUUAUGAUACUGAGAAUUGGACCAGGAAGUACCACAGCUCCCUGGAGCGCAAGAGACGGAAUGAUCAACGUUCGCGGUUCUUGGCCCUGAGGGACGAGGUACCCGCCCUGGCCAGCUGCUCUAGGGUUUCCAAAGUAAUGAUCCUAGUCAAGGCCACGGAAUACUUACAAGAACUGGCGGAAGCCGAGGAGAGGAUGGCUACGGAGAAAAGGCAGCUCGAAUGCCAGCGACGGCAAUUGCAGAAAAGAAUUGAGUACCUCAGUAGCUACUGACCAAAAAGCCUGACCAUUCUAUCUUAAAAAGACACAAGUUUUCUUUUUGAUCUCCCUCUCCCCUUUAGUAACUUGUACAUUUUUGUUACAGCAGGACACUCUGGACAGUAGAUUGCAGAAUGCAUUGCAGCCAGUGCACAAACAAUAUAAAGGCUUGCAUUCUUGGAAACUUUGAAACCCAGCUCUCUCUCUUCCCUGACUCAUGGGAGUGCUUUGUGUUUUCUGGCACCUUUGGCUUCUCAGCAGGCAGCUGACUGAGGAGACUUGGGGUCUUCCUGGCUCACUAUCUCCAAAGAAAAGGCUGACAGAUGCUAUGCAACAGGUGGUGGAUGUUGUUGGGGGCUCCAGCCUGGAGGAAAUCUCACACUCUACAUGAACUUUAGGCUAGGAAAGGAUGUCUCUGGGGUGAUGCAAGGACAGCUGGGUGUGGACGCUCUCCCUGCGGCUCCAUUUUUUUCCAGGAGACACACAAGCUGCCUUGGGUGAAAACAAGCUCAGAGACUUGAUCAACGUGGACCAUUACCUCACUGUCAGACACUACAGUAGCUGAGGAGUUGGAAACCUUACAUAUAUGUAUAUAUGUAUAUAUGUAUGUAUGUAUAUAUGUAUAUAUUAUGAUGUUGACUAACCCCCUUCCUCCCACUCUCAAUGCUGUGACUCAGAACAUUUAAGAGAACUUCGCCUGUAAGUAAUUUGUCUUAAAGCCCUCUGGGCUCUCUUCUCUGAGCGAGGGAACUUUCUGUCUUCACAAGGGACUUUGUGUCUUCACAAGGGACUUUGUCUCAUUCUGCCUCUGUUAUGCAAUGGGUUCUACAGCACCCUUUCCUGCAGGUUAAAAAUAUUUCCCUAAGACACAGGGAAAUGGGUCUUAGCCUGGGGCCUGGGGAAAGUUCCUAAGCCCUGGCUCAUGAACGCAAUCCCUGCCCAGGUGUUUUCUGAGGGGCCCUUGAGGCCCAAUCUUUUCUCAAGGCAGGUGUGAGGCACCUUAGAAGGGAGAACUGUAACACUUCCUCUUUCGCACCUGCCUCUCAUCUCAAUCCUUGACUGAUGAAUUUGAAGUUCUACUAGAACCAUGAAAACUUGUUCCUUUUGUGCAUCUCCAAGGAGCUUGCUGGCUCUGCAGCCACCCUUGGGCCCUCGCACCAGCCUGCAAUGAGUCAGAUGUCUUUCGCAGAAUCUGGGCCUUUCUGAAGUUUUCUGGAGAGCUGUUGGGACUCAUCCAGUGCUCCACAACGUGGACUUGCCUCCUGGUGUGUUUUAAAGGAUCCUCCAGGAGCUCUGCUUAGCCAAUUACGAUGGAUUUUUUUUUUUUUUUUUUGAGACGGAGUCUCACUCUUGUCGCCCAGGCUGGAGGUUAAUGGCAUGAUCUCGGCUCACUGCAACCUCUGCCUCCCGGGUUCAAGCGAUUCUCCUGCCUGAGCCUUCCGAGUAGCUGGGAUUGCAGGCGCCUGCCACCACGCCUAGCUAAUUUCUGUAUUUUUAGUAGAGACGGAGUUUCACCAUGUUGGCCAGGCUGGUCUUGACCUCCUGACCUCAGGUGAUCCACCUGCCUCCAUGAUAGAUUUUGCCCCAGCUGGACUCUGCAGCUCCAUGUGGAAUCCAGGUGCUGCCUCCAGUCUGGGAAAGUCACCCAACCCCGCAGUUGUCAUGUGGGUAACUUCUGAAACCCCUAAGCCUGUCCUGUGAGAAGGACCAGCCUCUCCAGAACUCUGCCUAGGACAGCAGGUGCCUGCUUGGAAGCUGGGAGGAUGGGGAGUGGUAAGUCCUAUUAUAUGUGGCUCUGGAACACCAGCUGCUACUUCCAAAUCUAUUGUCCAUAAUGGUUUCUUUCUGAGGUUGCUUCUUGCCCUCAGAGAACUCCAGGGGAUGUUUGGAAAUAGCCUCUUUACCCUUCUGGAGCAUGGUUUACAAGAGCCAGCUGACUUUUGAAACUGUCUAUGGAACAGGUUAAGUGUAGGUUACUGAUGUUUCACCUGAAUAGCUUGUAUUUUAUAAGCUGCUGUUUGGUAUUAUACUGGGGGAGAGUAUUUUUUAUAUUUUUUGGGGGGUUUUGUUUUUGUUUUUGUGUUUUGAGACGGAGUCUUGGUCUGUCGCCAGGCCAGAGUGCAGUGGCACAGUCUCGGCUCACUGCAACCUCCGCCUCCCUGGUUCAAGCGAUUCUCCUGCCUCAGCCUCCUGAGUAGCUGGGAUUACAGAUAUGUGCCACCACACCCAGCUAAUUUUUGUUUUUUUUAGUAGAGUCGGGGUUUCACCAUGUUGGCCAGGAUAGUCUCAAUAUCCUGACCUCGUGAUCCACCCAUCUUGGCCUCCCAAAGUGUAUAUUGUAUUUUUGUAUGCCUUUUGCAAAGUGGUGUUAACUCUUUCUGUACAAGAAAAAAAAAAAAAAAACCUCUUGGGUAAUUCUGUUAAAAGGGUCUGAAUAGCUUGUGUUUUAUAAGCUGCUGUUUGGUAUUACACUGAGGAGGAGUAUUUUUUACACUGUAUUUUUGUAUGCCUUUGGCAAAGUGGUGUUAACUCUUUUUGUACAAGAAAAAAAUACUCUUGGGUAAUUCUGUUAAAAGGGUCUAAAUAACUUGUGUUUUAUCAGCUGCUGUUUGGUAUACUGGGGGGGAGUAUUUUUUAUAUUGUAUUUUUGUAUGCUGUUUGCAAAGCAGUGUUAACUCUUUUUGUUCAAGAAAAAAAAACUCUUGGGAAAUUCUGUUA